AUGGACACCUCUUGCUUCAACUUCCUCAGGUACGGACAAAGCCUCAAAGGAAACAUCUCAGGCGGAGGAGCAAGAACAUCACAGAGCACGCUGACUAAAGAUGGUAGCGUGUCAGCAGAGUCGUCCAGACAGCUCGGUAGCGAUAAACCCAAGAGAGGCCGAGAGCAGCUGCGCGGUGCUCUUGUCCGCCUAAUCAUGCAGGAGGAUUCUGCUGCUGAAAAGACAGCCACUGAGAAGGACGCAAUGAAGCGCUAUUACUACUACAUAAAGAACGGAAUUGACAUCGAGAAUGUGGCAGCCAUGGACGAUUCCUGGCUAGAGAACAUGAUGGAUUUGGUACCGGAUCACCUAAAAAACUUUGCCAGUACCAUAGAGGUUCUGUCAGAUGAGAUAAAAGAAGACUACCUCCUCCGGGUCAAAAAAGCUAUCGUGGAUUUUGUGCUGAGGGACCCACGUGAAGAUGGUGCAGAAAAGGUCAAAGAUCUUCCUCCCCACAGACAAGAAAUAGAGGUUGUGCCGAAACCUUGGAACAAGUCAUUCCUUCAAGCCCAGAGGAGAAUGAGAAAUAGAUUACACUCCAUCAACCCCACCAUGCUGUCGGUGUUGACCCUUUGGCAUGUGUCCUUCAAAACUCUGCGUUUGAUUGACAUGAAGGAAUUCCAGGCUAUGUCGGAGCCCCUGGAGCUCUCCGUAUUUCGACAUUUGGUCAACAAACACAUUGAAUGUGCCAGAGACAUCCUCCUUAAAAAGUGGAUCCCAGAGAUUCAACAAAUUUACUAUCAAGGCAGCAAACGUAAGCUGGUACCUGGCAGUGAGAACAUAGCCCAGCUGCAGUCCUUCUUCAACUGUGUGUCUGCCCUCAUGACCUCCCAGCUCCAGAGCCUGGCGCUGGAGUCUAUUCAGGACUACACCCAUCUCGUUGUUCCAGAACCUCACUCAGUACGAGCUUAUGAACAUCCCGGGUUUCAGCUGAGCCUGAUCCUAGAUAAGAAUAAAAUCAGGUUUGAACCAGAGUUCAGUGACUUUGAAGUGAUACUGCUGGAGGUCUACGACAGAAUGAUGAGCUCCAUUAGCCUGGUGCCCCGUGUGGAGACGAAGCUCUACUCUGAAUGGCCGGGCCCAGAGACGGAGGGAUUUCUGAAGCCCACCGUCCUCCCUGAGAUCCUGCAGGCUCAACAGGAGAAGGUGCAACACCUGAUCCAAUCUGAGAGCAAAGGGCCUUUGGAGCACAUCCGCCUUUUCGACAAAUACGCGGCGCUGGUCUCUCAACAGGCGGAUGAAGACGUGGAGCAGUUCCUGCUUGAGCGUCACUCUUUCCAGGAGAUGAUGAUGGAGGUGGCGCGUUAUCAGCAGCUGGCCGACGAGAUCAAGUACAGCUCCAAUAAGGUACUGCGUCUCGGCAUGUUCGAGGUGUCCUCUCGUGAGCUGGUCGCGGCCCUUGUGAAACGCGCCGAGGGUCUGUGCGGCAAACUUCUCCGCCGCAUGUUAGAAGACCAUCAGGAACUAAAUAAGAGGUUGUGUGACGAGUUUAACGAGAUUGCAGAGAAGGCCCUGAGAACACCUCCAAACACAAAGGAACUCAUGGAGCUCAAAGCAUAUUUGGAGAAGGUGGAGACCCAGGAAAUGCCCAAGUUGGAGCUCAAACUCCACGAGUCAAAGACACGUCUGUGUUUCUUGGUGGAUCAUUUCCAGUUCUCGUCAAGUGACGUACGCAUGAAUAUGGAGGUUUUCCAGCUGUACAUGCGUAUGCCCUCCAUCUUUGAGGAUCAUCGUCAGCUGAUGAAGUCGGUGACGGAGCAGUACCAGGACGGCCUCAAGCUGCGGCGGGACAGGUUCGUGGAAGAGCUAGAGAGCUAUGCAAAACAGGUGGAGGAGUUUGUCACCUUUGGGGAACUGGCUGACCUCAACAAGUACCUGAAAAAGGCCCAGAAUCUUAACUCCAAACUGGACAUUGCAGUGGAGAAGAUUGAGGGCUUCAACCUGGAGGAGGAGGCCUUUGGAUGGCCUCUCUCCCAGUACCCGCUGCGUAAGAAAGUCCAGGACCGCCUGCUGCCGUACCUAAACCUGUUCGAGACCGCCGCAGAGUUCAAGAGACAGCAGCACCAGUGGCUGUUUGGGCCGCUCACCUCCGUCAACCCCGACAAGGUGGAGGCGGACGUGAGUAAUUACUGGCGCGCUCUGUACAAGCUGGAGAAGAGCUUCCAGGACUCCCCGAAGGCCCUGGACAUUGCCACCAGCGUUAAGGCCGAGGUGGACGCUUUUAAGGAGCACAUACCCCUGGUGCAGGUGUUAUGUAACCCAGGCCUGCGGGAUCGGCACUGGGACGCCAUGUCCGCCGUGGUGGGUUGCCCGCUGAAGCCCACCGAGGAGACGGCGUUUGUGGCCCACUUCCUCCCGCUCCACCUGGAGACCCACCUGAGCAGCUUUGAGACCAUUAGCGAAGCGGCCGGGAAGGAGUACUCUUUGGAGAAGGCCAUGGGCCGCAUGGCCAGCGAAUGGGCUGACAUCGAGUUCGUCCUGCUGCCCUACCGCGAGACGGGCACCUCCAUCCUCUCGUCGGUGGAUGAGAUCCAGAUGCUCCUGGAUGAUCACAUCGUCAAGACUCAGACCAUGCGUGGGUCACCGUUUAUCAAACCUUUUGAGGCUGAAAUAGGGGAGUGGGAGGCCAAACUGCUCCUGCUCCAGGAGAUUCUGGAUGAGUGGUUGAAGGUCCAGUCCACCUGGCUCUACCUGGAGCCCAUCUUCAGCUCUCCAGACAUCAUGGUCCAGAUGCCAGAGGAGGGGCGCCGUUUCGUCACUGUGGACAAAACCUGGAGGGACACCAUGAGACAAGUCUCCCUGGACAAGCACGUCCUGGCCGUGGUGGCCAUUGAUAAGAUGGUGGAUAAGCUGAAAAAGAGUAACGAACUCCUGGAGCUGAUCCUGAAAGGCCUGAACGAUUACCUGGAGAAGAAGAGGCUAUACUUCCCCCGCUUCUUCUUCCUGUCCAACGACGAGCUCCUGGAAAUUCUCUCGGAGACUAAAGACCCCACAAGAGUGCAGCCUCACCUGAAGAAGUGCUUUGAGGGCAUUGCCAGUGUAGUCUUCACAGACGUGCUCGACAUCACACACAUGAAGAGCAGCGAGGGAGAGGUGGUGGAGCUUCUGGAUAUCAUCUCCACCUCCAAGGCCCGCGGGCAGGUGGAGAAGUGGCUGCUGGAGCUGGAGUGCGGGAUGCUCAAGUCGCUGCACAAGGUCAUUGGACAGGCUAUUGAGGCGUACCCCAAAGAGCUGAGAGUGAACUGGGUGCGGGCAUGGCCCGGACAGACGGUGCUUUGUGUCUCUCAGUUAUACUGGACCAAAGACAUUCACGAAGCCAUCGCUAAAGGACCGCAGGCUCUUGAGGCUUACCUGCAGCAGAACAACACGCAGAUCGAUGACAUUGUGACCCUCGUGCGUGGGAAGCUGUCCAAGCAGAACCGGGUCACGCUCGGGGCUCUGGUGGUACUCGAUGUACACGCUCGAGAUGUGCUGGCCUCGCUCGUCCAAAAGGCCGUCGAUGAUGAGAACAACUUUGAGUGGCUGAGUCAGCUCCGCUACUACUGGAUUGAGGAGCAGCUCCAGACUAAGAUGAUAAAUGCAGGGCUGGCCUAUGGCUAUGAGUACCUGGGCAAUACACCACGCCUGGUCAUCACCCCUCUCACCGACCGCUGUUACAGAACCCUGUUUGGAGCGCUGCAUUUGCAUUUGGGAGGGGCACCGGAGGGACCUGCUGGCACAGGGAAAACUGAGACCACUAAGGAUCUGGCCAAAGCUGUUGCCAAGCAAUGUGUGGUUUUUAACUGCUCCGACGGGCUCGACUACAUUGCUCUGGGGAAGUUCUUCAAGGGCCUGCUCUCCUGCGGUGCCUGGGCCUGCUUUGAUGAGUUCAACCGAAUUGACCUGGAGGUCCUCUCAGUGGUGGCCCAGCAGAUUCUGACCAUUCAGAGAGGGAUUGCUGCCAAUGCUGAGCUGCUGAUGUUUGAAGGCACAGAGCUAAGACUGAACCCAUCCUGCGCUGUGUUCAUUACCAUGAAUCCUGGCUACGCAGGACGCUCUGAGCUGCCUGACAACCUCAAGGCCCUGUUCCGGACGGUGGCGAUGAUGGUCCCGGACUACGCCCUGAUCGCGGAGAUCGUGCUGUACUCGUGCGGCUUCGUGAUGGCGCGGCCGCUGUCGGUGAAGAUCGUCGCCACCUACAGGCUGUGCUCGGAGCAGCUCUCCUCCCAGUCUCACUACGACUACGGCAUGAGAGCCGUCAAAUCCGUGCUCACGGCCGCGGGCAACCUGAAGCUGAAGUUUCCAGAAGAAAAUGAAGACAUACUGUUGCUGAGGUCUAUCAUCGAUGUUAACUUGCCCAAAUUUCUGGCUCAUGAUCUGCCCCUCUUUGAGGGCAUCACCUCUGACCUUUUCCCCGGGGUCAAGCUGCCUAAGCCUGACUACCGUCUCCUGCUGGAGGCCAUUAAGGAAAACAGCGAGAAGGUGAACUUGCAGGUGACGGACUUUUUUGCGGAAAAGAUCCUGCAGAUUUUUGAGAUGAUGAUAGUAAGGCACGGCUUCAUGAUCGUUGGAGAGCCUUUUGGCGGGAAAACGUGUGCCUAUCGAGUCCUGGCCGCCGCUUUGCACGACAUCUGUGAGAAGGGUCUGAUGGAUGAGAACAGGGUCCAGAUCACGGUGAUCAACCCAAAGUCCAUCACCAUGGGCCAGCUGUACGGGCAGUUUGACCCGGUCUCCCACGAGUGGUCGGACGGAAUCUUGGCAGUCAGCUACAGGGCCUUUGCUACCUCUCAGAGCCCAGACAGGAAAUGGCUUAUUUUUGACGGUCCGGUGGAUGCGGUAUGGAUCGAGAACAUGAACACGGUUCUGGAUGAUAACAAGAAGCUGUGUUUAAUGAGCGGGGAGAUCAUCCAGAUGUCCCCCCAGAUGAGUCUCAUCUUUGAACCCAUGGAUCUGGAGGUGGCCUCACCUGCCACGGUGUCUCGCUGUGGCAUGAUCUAUAUGGAGCCCCAUAUGCUUGGCUGGAGGCCUCUCAUGUUGUCUUGGCUCAACACCCUGCCCUCCACCGUGAACUCGAUGCACAAAGAUCUCAUCACCGCUCUCUUUGACCGCAUGCUACCAGCGUGCCUGCAGCUCAUCCGCAGAGGAGCCAAGGAGCUGUCACCGACGUCAGACACGAACCUGGUGCACUCUCUGAUGAACCUCAUGGACUGUAUGAUGGAUGAAUUCAGAGAUGAACCCCGGAUAAAGGGGAUGAAUGAGCGUGACAUCUGCUCCUGGCUGGAGGGCAUCUUCGUGUUUUCUCUGGUGUGGUCUGUGGGAGCCAGCUGUCUGGAGUCUGGCAGGGUGAAAUUUGACGGACUGGUGCGAGAAUUGCUGGCGGGUGCUCUCAGCGAAGAGACGCGGGCAAAACACGACAUCCUGGACCACGUGGAGCCCCCCUCCAAGCCGCUGACCGUGCCCCUGCCCACAGAGGGCACACUGUACGGCUACCGCUUCAUCAAAGAGGGCCCUGGGAGGUGGGAGCUGUGGGCGGAUGAGCUGAAGACGGCACCUCCCAUCUCCAAAGACAUGCAGUUCAAUGAGAUCAUUGUCCCCACAGAGAACACAGUGCGCUACACGGCCCUGAUGGAGCUGCUCAUCACCCAUCAGAAACCCACUAUCUUCGUUGGGCCCACAGGCACUGGCAAGAGCGUAUACAUCAUAGACUUCUUGUUGAACCGGCUGAAGAAAGAUGUGUACACACCUCUCCUUAUUAACUUCUCUGCCCAGACGACAGCAGCUCAGACCCAGAACAUCAUCAUGUCCAAGCUGGACAAAAGGCGCAAAGGAGUGUUUGGGCCACCUCUUGGCAAGAAAACAGUGGUGUUUGUGGAUGACGUGAACAUGCCGGCCCGGGAAACGUAUGGGGCACAGCCCCCUGUGGAGCUGUUGAGGCAGUGGCUUGACCACUGGAACUGGUACGACAUGAAGGACUGCUCCAUGAUCAACCUGGUGGACAUCCAAAUCAUGUGUGCCAUGGGACCCCCAGGUGGAGGGAGGAAUCCACUGACACCUCGUUUCCUUCGUCAUUUCAACACGGUGACCAUCAACGAGUUCGACGAGAAGACGAUGUUCACCAUUUUCUCCAGGAUUCUGGACUGGCACCUCACCAUAAGGUUUCCAUUUCCCAAGCCGUUUGCUAGCCUCACCCCCCAGAUCAUUAGUGCCACUAUGUCGGUGUACCAGGAGGCCACCAAAAACCUGCUGCCCACCCCAGCCAAGUCCCACUACCUCUUCAACCUGCGUGAUUUCUCUCGUGUUAUCCAGGGUAUCUGUCUGUCUCGACCUGAGACAGCUGAUGACCCUAAAGCUAUCAAACGCCUCUGGGUGCAUGAGGUCCAAAGGGUUUAUUACGACCGUUUGGUCCACCAGUCUGACCGCACUUGGUUGGUGGGCUUCCUGCAAGAGGCUUCACAGUCUCAUUUGAAAGAGAACUUCCAUCAACUCUUUCAACAUCUGGACAGCGACAGUGAUGGCUGUGUGACUGAGGACGACCUACGCAGCCUCAUGUUCUGUGAUUUCCACGACCCUAAAGGGGAGGACCGCAACUACCGCGAGGUGGGUGAUCUCGAUCAACUCAGACAGGUGGUAGAAUCCCACCUGGAGGAAUUCAAUAACAUCAGCAAAGCGCCCAUGAACCUGGUGCUGUUCCGCUUCGCCAUCGAGCAUGUUUGUCGCAUCUCACGAGUGCUCAAGCAACCCCGUGGUCACGCUCUCCUGGUUGGCGUCGGGGGCAGCGGGCGCCAGUCCCUCACCCGCCUGGCGGCCCACAUGGCUGAAACAGAGCUCUUCCAAGUGGAGAUCUCCAAGAGCUACGGCAUGACGGAGUGGCGUGACGACCUGAAGCUAAUCAUGCGCAAGUCCACUUCGGGCGAGACACACGGAGUCUUCCUCUUCACAGACACCCAGAUCAAGCUGGAGUCUUUCCUGGAGGACGUCAGCAACCUGCUGAACACUGGCGAGGUGCCCAACCUUUUCGCGGUGGACGAGAAGCAGGAGAUCAUCGAGCGCAUGCGUGUGCUGGACCGCCAGCGCGAACGGGACAAACAGACCGACGGCAGUCCCCUGGCUCUCUUCAAUAUGUUUCUGGAGCGUUGCCGUAGCCAGCUGCAUGUGGUGCUGGCCAUGAGUCCCAUCGGUGACACCUUCAGAAAUCGUCUGAGGCGCUUCCCAGCCCUUAUCAACUGUUGCACCAUCGACUGGUUCCAGAGUUGGCCAGAAGAUGCCCUCCAGGCUGUGGCUUCCCGGUUCCUAGAGGACAUCGAGAUGACGGACGACGCCCGCACCGGCUGCAUCACCAUGUGCAAAAGCUUUCACACGUCCACCAUCGAGCUGUCGGCGCGCUUCCAGGCCGAGCUGCAGAGAUACAACUAUGUCACACCCACCUCCUACCUGGAGCUCAUCUCCACCUUCAAAGCCCUCUUGGAGCGGAGGAGAGCUGAGGUGAUGAAGCUAAAGCGUCGGUACGAGGUCGGUCUUGAGAAGCUGGAAUCGGCUGCCUCCCAGGUGGCCACCAUGCAGGUGGAGCUGGAGGAGCUUCAGCCACAGCUGCGCGUGGCCAGUAAGGAAGUGGACGAGAUGAUGGUGGUCAUAGAGCGGGAGUCGGUGGAGGUGGCAAAGACGGAGAAAGUGGUACGGGAAGACGAAGCCGUGGCCAACGAGCAGGCCAUGGCGGCCAAGGCCAUAAAGGACGAGUGUGAUGCAGAUCUGGCAGUGGCUUUGCCCAUUCUGGAGUCUGCCCUGGCUGCUCUGGACACCCUUACCCAACAGGACAUCACGGUGGUGAAGUCAAUGAAAAGCCCUCCAGCAGGCGUCAAAUUGGUGAUGGAGGCCAUCUGCAUCCUGAAGGGCAUCAAGCCCGACCGCAUCCCUGACCCCUCUGGCUCGGGCAAGAAGGUGGAGGAUUUCUGGGGCCCGGCCAAGAAACUGCUAGGAGACAUGAAGUUCCUGCAGAGCCUCCACGAGUACAACAAGGACAACAUCCCACCAAACUACAUGUCCAUCAUCCGCAACAAAUACAUCACUAACCCAGACUUUGUCCCGGAGAAGAUCCGCACGGCAUCCACCGCUGCUGAGGGGCUGUGCAAAUGGGUCUGUGCCAUGGACUCUUAUGACAAGGUUGCUAAAGUGGUAGCCCCUAAAAAAGAGAAGCUGGCACAGGCAGAGGGGGAACUGCAGGUGGCUAUGGAGAGUCUUAAGAAGAAACAGGCUGCUUUAAAGGAGGUCCAGGACAAACUGGCCAAGCUGCAGGAGACGCUGGAGGCCAACAAAAACAAGAAGAUCGACCUGGAGAAUCAGGUGGCCUUGUGCAGUAAAAAGCUGGAGAGAGCAGAGCAGUUGAUUGGUGGAUUGGGAGGAGAGAAGACACGUUGGAGUGAGACGGCUUUAGAACUUGGCGAGCUCUACAACAACCUGACUGGAGACAUUCUCAUCUCCGCCGCCAUCGUAGCCUACCUGGGCGCCUUUACCUCCAGCUACAGACAAAGUGCUACAGAGGAGUGGAUAGAGCUUUGCAAAGUCAGGAAGAUCCCCUGCUCCGGGAACAUGUCUCUGAUGAGUUCACUUGGGGAGCCAGUGAAGAUCCGUAGCUGGACCAUCGCUGGCCUUCCCUCAGACAGCUUCUCCAUUGACAAUGGCAUCAUUAUUUCUAACGCGAGGAGAUGGCCUCUGAUGAUUGAUCCUCAGGGCCAAGCUAACAAGUGGGUGAAGAACAUGGAGAAAGCCAACAGCCUCCACAUCGUCAAGCUGAGUGACUCCGACUUCGUGCGGACUCUGGAGAACUGCAUUCAGUUUGGCACACCAGUGUUGCUGGAGAAUGUUGGAGAGGAGCUGGACCCCAUUCUAGAGCCCUUGUUGUUGAAGCAGACCUUCAAACAAGGAGGCAGCAUCUGUAUCCGUCUGGGAGACUCCACUAUAGAGUACGCCCCAGACUUCCGCUUCUACAUCACCACCAAGCUUCGCAACCCCCAUUAUCUACCAGAGACAUCAGUCAAGGUCACGCUGCUUAACUUCAUGAUCACUCCAGAGGGGAUGCAGGACCAGCUGCUGGGGAUUGUGGUGGCCCGAGAAAGGCCAGACCUGGAGGAGGAGAAGCAGGCCCUGAUUCUACAGGGAGCUGAGAACAAAAGACAGCUGAAGGAGAUUGAAGACAAGAUCCUGGAGGUGCUCUCCUCUUCUGAGGGCAACAUCCUGGAAGAUGAGACGGCAGUUCAGAUUCUGUCCUCUUCCAAGGUGCUGGCCAACGAGAUUUCAGAGAAACAGGCUGUUGCCGAGGAGACGGAGGUGAAGAUCGACGAGACGCGGAUGGGCUACACACCCAUAGCCGUCCACUCAGCCAUUCUGUUCUUCUCCAUCGCUGACCUGGCCAACAUAGAGCCCAUGUACCAGUACUCACUCACCUGGUUUAUCAACCUCUUCAUCCUCUCCAUCGACAACUCAGACAAGAGUGAUGUUCUUGAUCAGAGAUUACAGAUUCUGAGGGAUCAUUUCACGUACUCACUUUACGUCAACGUUUGUCGUUCGCUCUUUGAGAAGGACAAGCUGCUCUUCUCGUUUUGUCUUACGGUCAACCUGCUUAAGCAUGACAAACUGGUGGAUGAAAAUGAGUGGCGAUUCCUCCUGACAGGCGGAGUGGGGCUGGAUAACCCUCAUUCUAACCCCUGCACAUGGCUGCCCAAAAAAUCCUGGGACGAGAUCUGUCGGCUGGACGAGAUGGAGGAAUUCAGCGGCCUGAGGAAGGACAUGGCACGUCUGAAAGACGGCUGGAGGGAGGUGUACGACAGCAAGGAUCCUCAUCACAGCCGUUUCCCUGGGGAGUGGGAGGAAAGGUUAGGCCCAUUCCAGAGGAUGUUGAUGAUUCGCUGCCUGAGACCAGACAAGGUUAUUCCUAUGGUACAGGAGUUUGUAUCUAACAGCCUUGGGCAGCAGUUCAUUGAAGUGCCCCCAUUUAACCUCGGCAAAGCGUUUGGGGACAGUCACUGCUGCGCCCCCCUCAUUUUCAUCCUGUCUCCAGGCUCCGACCCCAUGGCCGCACUGCUGAAGUUUGGGGACGAGCAGGGCUUCACGGGGAACAAGCUGACUUCUCUGUCUCUGGGCCAAGGCCAGGGUCCCAUCGCCAUGAAGAUGAUUGAGACGGGGGUGAAGGAGGGCACCUGGGUAGUGCUGCAAAACUGCCACCUGGCCACCUCCUGGAUGUCCACCCUGGAGCGAGUCUGUGAGGAGUUGAACCCUGACACGACCCACCCAGAGUUCCGGCUGUGGCUCACCAGUUACCCGUCGCCCAGUUUCCCCGUGGCCGUGCUGCAGAACGGCGUGAAGAUGACCAACGAGGCUCCCAAAGGGCUUCGCUCUAACAUCAUACGCUCCUUCCUCAUGGACCCCAUCUGCGACCAGGAGUUUUUUGGCAGCAGCUCCAAGCCACCCGUGUUUAAGAAGCUGCUGUACGGGCUGUGUUUCUUCCAUGCCCUCACUCAGGAGAGGAGAAAGUUUGGUCCCCUGGGCUGGAAUAUUCCGUACGAGUUUAAUGAGACUGACCUGCGCAUAUCUGUCCAGCAGCUCCACAUGUUUCUGGACCAGUAUGAGGAGGUGCCGUUUGACGCCAUACGCUACAUGACGGGCGAGUGUAACUACGGCGGCCGCGUGACCGACGACUGGGACCGCAGGACACUCCGCACCAUCCUCUCCAUCUUCUACACGCCCCAGAUCAUCCAAGACCCCCAGUACAAGUUUGACCCCAGUGGCCUGUACUACGCCCCCCCAGAGGGAGACUAUAACAGCUAUAUCGAGUACACCAAGACCCUGCCGCUGUACCCCUCGCCCGAGAUCUUCGGCAUGAACGCCAACGCUGACAUCACCAAGGACCAGGUGGAGACGCAGCUUCUGUUUAACAGUAUCCUCCUCACUCAGUCCCGCUCGUCAGGGGGCGAUGCCAAAUCCUCCGACGACAUGGUCUACGAGGUGGCGGCCGACGUCCUGAGCAAGCUUCCGCGGGACUUUGACACGGAGGCGGCCAUGCGCAAGUUCCCCACCAGCUACAACCAGAGCAUGAACACGGUACUGGUCCAGGAGAUGGGCCGCUUCAACAAGCUCCUCCAGACCGUCCGAGACUCCUGCAUCAACAUCCAGAAGGCCAUUAAGGGUCUGGUGGUGAUGUCAGCUGAGCUGGAGGAGGUGGUGAACAGUAUUCUGAAGGGUCGUAUUCCUGGCAUGUGGAUGAAGAAAUCUUACCCCAGCCUCAAACCCCUGGGAGCCUACGUCCGAGACUUCUUAGAAAGACUCGCGUUUUUACAGGCCUGGUAUGACAGUGGAACGCCGGCAGUUUUUUGGAUGUCUGGCUUCUUCUUCACUCAGGCUUUUCUUACAGGCGGCCAACAGAACUACGCCCGUAAACAUACCAUCCCCAUCGACCUGUUAGGCUUCGACUACGAAGUCAUGGAUGACAAAGAGUACAAAAAACCUCCCGAGGAUGGUGUUUAUAUCUAUGGUCUGUUUUUGGAUGGAGCACGCUGGGACAGGAAGACUAAACUCUUGGCAGAGUCCUACCCCAAAGUCCUCCAUGACACCAUGCCAGUGAUUUGGCUGAAGCCCAUAAAGAGGCAGGAGAUCCCCGAGCGUCAGUGUUAUCUCUCCCCCGUCUACAAAACCAGCGAGCGCCGCGGGACCCUCUCCACCACCGGUCACUCCACCAACUACGUCAUCGCCAUGACGCUCAACUCCGACGUGCCGGCGGAGCACUGGAUCCGGCGCGGCGUGGCGCUGCUGUGUCAGCUGGACUCGUAA